CUGCCGCCUUGGCAGACAUGCUCAAGCACAACACGACCAUCACGAAUAUCAACUUGGACGACAACCGCAUCGGGCCUGAAGGCGCUGCCGCCUUGGCAGACAUGCUCAAGCACAACACGACCAUCACGAAUAUCAACGUGAGCGACAACGGUAUCGGGGAUGAGGGCGCUGCAGCGUGGGCAGACAUGCUCAAGCACAAUACCACCUUCACAUCCGUCGACCUGAGUAGGAACGCGAUUCAGGACGAGGGCGCUUGUGCGCUGGCAGACUCACUCGAGGGCAACACCACGGUUUUCAGUGUGAGCUUGGACGGCAACUCCAUUCAGGAAACGGGUGCUGUGGCUUUGGCACACACGCUCAAGCACAACAACACCAUCAAUUACUUCUACAUUGCCAACAACAGCACCGCCGCCGCCCGCGCCAUUGGUGCCGCACUGCCGGUCAAUCGCGAAAUCGCCACAGGCUCAUGGUUCCAGGACGAUGAGGGCCAGGCCGCCUUCAAGGAAGCGCGCAUCGCCAAGAAGUAUCAGCAACACGACUUAUUUCUCAACUGCCAGAAGGGCAACGUGGACGGUGCUGUGUUCUUCAUUGAUGAAGAGAAUGUGGACAUCAACGAACAAGACACGGAGGGCAACACGGCGCUGCAUGUUGCCUGCAGGCACAACAAACCAGCGAUUGUGAAACUGCUGCUGCAGAAGGGUGCCAACGCCGAAAUCAAGAACGAAAAGGGCGAGACGCCCUUUGAUGUUGCGAAAGCCAAGCGGUGCACCGCUGUGACCAGCAUUGAUGGGCUGGAUCCACAUGCGCCCGGCGCAACAGAUCAGCAGCAGCAGCAGCCACAACAGCAGAAACGCACGCCAGCGUCUGCUGACUCUGCUACCUCGCCCACAAAGCGCGCGAAGCAGGACGGUGGCAACUAA